CCACAACAACCUAAGCCGCAGUUUCCGCUUCAGAAGCCAGUUCCACAACAACCUGAGCCGCAGUUUCCGCUUCAGAAGCCAGUUCAACUUGAUAAAUGUGCUGUAGCUGAUUCUGAGCAGAUCCAAUGCGGUCUACCUGGGAUCAGUGGUGCUGCGUGUGAAGCUAUCAACUGCUGCUUUAACGGACAGCAGUGUUUCUAUGGGAGGGCAGUGACUGUCCAGUGUAUUAGAGAUGGUCAGUUUGUGGUAGUGGUGUCUCGAGACGUUACCUUGCCUCGACUGAGUCUGGAUUCGGUUCAACUACUGGGUGGAAACGACCCACCUUGUGCUCCUGUGGGGUCUACACCUUCCUUUGCUAUAUACCAGUUCCCUGUGACCGCAUGUGGCACGAGCGUGAUGGAGGACGGUGGAUAUGUGGUGUAUGAAAACCGAAUGACCUCAUCGUAUGAAGUGGGGAUUGGACCAUAUGGUUCCAUCACAAGGGACAGUCAUUUUGAGUUUCUCUUCCAGUGUAGAUAUUCGGGAACUUCUGUGGAAGCUCUGGUUGUGGAGGUCAACUCCGUUCCUCCACCUCCACCAGUAGCCGCUCCUGGACCUCUCAGGGUGGAGCUCAGACUGGCCAAUGGCCAAUGUGUCACCAAAGGCUGUGCUGAAGGUAAGGUCUUGUCCUGUGUCUGCCUAAAGCCUUUCAAACUGGAGUCCGGUUAAACCCCAGUGUUGUUC